CAGCCCUUCCCAGCCAGUGUUGCCAGAUGUGAAAAAAGAAAUCCCUUUUUGCACACAACCUUUUCUGUAUUAAAGCUGAAUUUUGUAACUUUUUCUGUGUUAAAAUACAUUCUCUUACCCCAGAUAUAUAUUCAGAGACAACUAUAAAUUAAUCCAAAUGUGUCAACAAUGCAAUACACAUUGAAAUGUAGUAUUAAUGUAAUACAAAUACAAUCCAUACUCAAAUUAUGACUGAGAAGGAGGGGCAUUUGUAUGAGUAGGAUCUGGCAACCCCUUAACUGCCCCAUGUGUUAGCUCGCUGCUAGCUAUUAUGGAUUCAUUUGUCAAAAUCUAAGCUGCUCAUCUGACACAAUUAAAUAGAACAAAGGAUUUCAACAGACACGUAUAUCGUUUGCCAUUGAUACAAUGGCAGCGAUUGCGAUACCAGAAAAUUCUAAAGUCUUUCUGCUGGACAUUGAAGGAACCACGACGCCCAUCACGUUUGUCAAGGAGAUUUUGUUUCCAUACAUCACUGAGAAUUUGGAGGAGUAUUUGUCAGCUCAUUGGGAAGAGGAUGAGUGUAAAGAAGAUGUACAUCUGCUCAAAAAACAGUCUGAAGAAGAUCUGAGGCAAAAUAAAGCAUGUCCAGUUCAUGAAGUUGAUCAGACAGUGCACACAGAUGAGGAGAAGGCGAUUCGUGAGGUUGUGGAGAAUGUGCUCUGGCAGAUGGCUGCAGACCGGAAAACCACCGCACUCAAACAGCUGCAGGGUCACAUGUGGAGAGCCGCCUAUCUGACAGGCAGAAUUAAAGGAGAGGUGUACCAGGAUGUGGUUCCAGCCAUCAGAAGGUGGAGACAUCAUGGUCUGAAGGUCUACAUCUAUUCCUCAGGAAGUGUGGAGGCACAAAAACUGCUGUUUGGCUAUUCUGUUGAAGGCGAUCUUUUAGAUCUGUUUGAUGGUCACUUUGAUACCAACAUUGGUGCCAAAGUAGAAAGUAAAAGCUAUGAGAACAUCGCAGAGAGGAUUGGCUGCCAACCUGAUGAAAUCAUGUUCUUAACCGAUGUCACACGAGAGGCAAAGGCAGCAGAGGAUGCUGGAGUGAAUGUGGCUGUUGUAGUAAGUCCUGGUAAUAUGAAGUUAACUGAAGAGGAGAGGAACCAUUAUACAAUCAUCACACCUUUCAGCCAAUUAGAAUUGAGUGGAAGUGUUUGACUGCAAAGGCUUUUCUCAGCCUUCGCAGAAAGUAGAGGCGCUGCUGGGCUUUCUUGGUUAUGGAGCUGAUGUUGAGGAACCAGGUGAGGUUCUCCGCCAGGUGAACACCAAGGAAUUUGGUGCUCUUGACGAUCUCCACAGCGGAGCCGUUGAUGUUCAGCAGAGAGUGGUCACUCUGUGUUCUCCUGAAGUCAACAACCAUCUCUCUUGUUUUGCCUACAUUCAGAGACAGGUUGUUGGCUAUGCACCUCCUCUCUGUAUGCUGACUCGUCAUUCUUGCUGAUGAGUACCACCACGGUCGUGUCAUCAGCGAACUUGAUGAUGUGAUUCGAGCCGUGCAUUGCUGCACAGUCGUGAGUCAGCAGAGUGAACAGCAGUGGACUGAGCACACAGCCCUGGGGGGCCCAAGUGCUCAGUGUGGUGGUGGUGGAGAUGCUGCUCCCGAUCCGGACUGACUGAGUUCUCCCAGUCAGGAAGUCCAGGAUCCAGUUGCAGAGGGAAGUAUUCAGGCCCAGCAGGUUCAGCUUUCCAAUCAGGUUCUGAGGAACUUUUGGAGGUAUUAUAAGAGGGGCACGGAAGACUGACCUGUCCUCAAGACUCUAUCACUUUCACACAUUCAACAGAAAUAGUGACAAUACACACAAGAACCAAUGUGCGCAAUUUAUUUUCCCCUGCCUUUUCCCUGCCGUGUUUAAACUUUCGCCUGGAACUGCAGUGCGUCCUGCGCGCGCAGCUCUCGACAGCUCAAAGUGUUCAUGGUGUCAGGUGUGCUCGCAGCGAUUAUGUAAACAAAGAUGUACUCGUGUGCGCCAUUUUCAAAUGGGUGAAGAGGAGAAUUAACACUGAAGUUUCGGUCUGUUCCUCACACAACACUAUCAUAUGGCUUCAGAAGAAUUUAAAUCUAAGCACGAGUGUUAUGGACAACUUUUUAAGGUGCUUUGAUGUGUGAUUUUGGAGCUUGGACAGCCACAAACACAAUCCUCUCAUCCCUCAAUCUUGUGUUUCACGGAUAAAAAAAGUCAUACUGGAUUUGAAUGACGAGGGUGAGUAAAUGAUGGCAGAAAGGUCAGUGUUUUUGUUUCAGUGGUUAUUAAAGUUUGUCAGUAUCAUUAAUUAGGUGAACCGAAAAAAUUUAGAAUGACUGGUUUAGAGGUAGUCCGAUAUAUCGGUUUUACAGAUUAAUCGGUACCGAUAGUUGCUUUUUGGAACUAUCGGUUAUCAGAAAAAAUAUAUGCCGAUAGUUGCCGAUAUUUUAUUUUCCCCACUGUUUUUUAUUCCUUAUCAGUAAACCUCAUCUGGUGAAGUAUAUACAUAAAAAAAACUCUUCAUCUGGUGAAUCUAUAGGCUAUAAAAAGCUUAAUUUGGUAAAUACUUACAUAUAGAGCAUUGUAACGGAGCCAAAUCUCUGUAUUUUCAAAAUACGAGUCCCCGGUGUAUUUCGGGCUUGUUUAAAGUAAAAAGUCCUGCGUUAUACACCAAAUCUUAAUUUCUCUGGUUAUUAUUGGGAUUUUGGUGCAUAAUAAACUGCUUUGGGAUUUUAUUCAUUUUGCAGACUCAAUUUAUGUGCCCUUUAUAGUAAGGAAAGAAUAAGAUGUUUUUUUAUUAUUAUAUAGAUAGAUUUAAAAAACUAUCGGCCGUUUAAUCGGUUGUCGGCCUUUACCACCAUCUUAGUUAUCGGAUCGGCAAAAUCCACUAUCGGUCGACCUCUACUAUAGUUGAACUAUAGUUACUGUAGUAAAGUCAUGGUUAAUUUUCAUAUGGGAAGGAUAUACAGUUGAAGUCAGAAGUUUACAUACACUUAGGUUGAAGUCAUUAAAACUCAUUUUUUAACCACUCCACAGAUUUCAUAUUAGCAAACUAUAGUUUUGGCAAGUCGUUUAGGACAUCUAUUUUGUGCAUGACAAGUAAUUUUUCCAACAAUUGUUUACAGACAGAUUGUUUCACUUUUAAUUGACUUUAUCACAAUUCAAAGACAAACUGUGCCUUUAAACAGCAUGGAAAAUUCUAGAAAAUGAUGUCAAGCCUUUAGGCAAUUAGACAUUUAGAUUCUGAUAGGCUAUUUGGAGUCAAUUAGAGGUGUGCCUGAGGAUGUAUUUUAAGGCCUACCUUCAAACUCAGUGCCUCUUUGCUUGACAUCAUAGGACAAUCAAAAAAAAAAAUUUGUGGACCUCCACAAGUCUGGUUCAUCCUUGGGAGCAAUUUCCAAAUGCCUGAAGGUACCACGUUCAUCUGUACAAACAAUAGUAUGUAAGUAUAAACACCAUGGGACCACGCAGCCAUAAUACCGCUCAGGAAGGAGACGCAUUCUGUCUCCUAGAGAUGAACGUAGUUUGGUGUGAAAAGUGCAAAUCAAUUCCAGAACAACAGCAACAUCUUAAGACAUCAGCCAGGAAGUUAAAGCUCUGUCGCAAAUGAGCCUUCCAAAUGGACAAUGAACCCAGGCAUACCUCCAAAGUUGUGCAAGGCAAACUUCUGACCCACUGGGAAUGUGAAUAAAUAAAUAAAAGCUGAAAUAAAUAAUUCUCUCUACUAUUAUUCUGACAUUUCACAUUCUUAAAAUAAAGUUGUAAGGCUGGCACCAGAAUGUCUACGCCCAAAAGUCAAAGAACUCUGCGAGAACCAAUGUCAUAAAACUCUCACACAGAAGAGCAUCUCCACCUGAGACAACACACACUACUGAGCAAGGACCAUAAAACACAAAUCUCAUUCACAUCUGCCCCCUCUCUCACCUCAGGUCACUUUCGGGUCACCAAAAACUAAGUUAUGACUUAUCCUGUUCUGUAAUGUAAAAGGUUUUCUGAUCAUACAUGUUUGAUAUCAUUCAAGAGGUCUCAGUGCAACUGGUAAAACGGUCUCAUUCCCUUUCAGCAAAGUCAAAUCACAAGUAAGAUUUAAGAACUUAGUAAAAUACUGCAUUCUAUCAGGGACCAGAUGCUGUAUGCAGAUUAGGUGCGUUCUUUGUAAACAUCAAAACCUCCUAAGUUGUAAACCAAAUCCUGAAUAACAUUAAACAUACACAUCUGAAAUAACAAUAGAAUUGUUUUGGCAGAGGAGCUCGGGGAGUCUGUAGUCAGUUUUCUCUACCAGGAAUCUGUAGUCAGAUAUCCCAUGCUUAUCACUGCAUGUCACUUUCUAUUGCCAGGUAUGUUACUUUGACUUGUCUUUUAUUUUUAGGAAUGUUUGUUUAUUCUGAUCAUAUGUGAAAUUGGGUUUGAUUGAAUUCUUGAAACAAUGUUUUAUAUCCUACAUGUCAAAUAAAUUGGUAUUAUUUGAUUU